AUGACAAACCACGAGGCAGGGUUUCCGCUGCCUUGUGAAGCGCUGAGCCCCCCAGGCACGCCGCGACCCGACGGUGAGCCUCCGCAUGGCGUCGCUGCUGCGCCCGCGCCGCUUUCUGUUUCCUCUUCUUCCUCUUCUUCGUCUUCGCGCUGGAGCGGAUCCAAUAAGCGUGCGCUGGACGCGAUGGAGAGAAACACGGCGCUGCCGUUAGACUCCUCGGCACGCCGCGCACUCUUGGCCAUGACGCCGCCGCAAGUUGCGAAACCGGGGAGAGUGAACGUUGUGACGGAGAACGUACCAUGA